AUGCUUCGGGUACUCCAGGAGGUCGGCCUGGCGCGGUCAACUCUGAUUGUCUGUGGUCCCGUCAGACUGAGUGGGUACACGUUUGUCUUGGGUCUGCAGGACCAGCCAGACCUAGAAGGCCUAGUUACCUCGAUCGUGCCUCCCAUCGAGGGUUCGAUCUUCCGCUCCGCGUAUCGAGCACACUCCCCUGGGACAGUCCCCUUCGGUGAGCUCAUCGACAGGUAUCGUACCCGCGAGGCAACCUGGAGCCAUGACAAGGUCUAUGCAUUACUCGGCAUGACCUCCGACAAUCCUGAUACUCCCGCGCUAAAGCCCAACUAUGACCUCUCAUGGAAUAAGGCCUUUCAGCAGGUCAUUGAAUACAUUAUCCCAAGCGUUGUCUCCGUGACAACAUGGCCGAACAGGGAGGCAGCAGUGAUCAGGACCAGGGGGCACAUCCUGGCCAUGAUCGAUGCAACUAAGAAACACAACUCCACGAUUAAAAGAGCUAUAAAAAGUCGCCAAGCUCGUAAGCUGAUGCGGCUCCUGCGGGAUCACAGAGGCAGUACCCUGCUGAUUACCGAAGUAAUCCAGGCAGUUGUGAGAGGCUACUGGCCAGAGGGUCUGAUCAAGUGCUUCAUUGACUACAAAGGGCAACACCUCAUCACAGAGGAUAUGUUCAGUGGAGUCGCUGACGCUGAUCUCUGCUAUGAGAUGAUACAACUACUACUGAAGCAACUAAAUGAGAGCGUACCUAAAACAGAAGCAAUUCUGGCAACCGUAGCAAGGAUAAAGCGCUACGAAGGCGACAGAAUUAGAAGUUUGAUUCCAAUAAAUGGUCUUAUACGUGCCUUGCUACAUCAUAGGGACCUGCUGUGA